AUGGCGCCGGGGAGGGCAGCCCGGGCGCUGCUGCUCACAGCAGCAGCUGCAGCAGCGGCAGCAGCGACAGCAACCACAGCAACUUCAGUAGCUAAUUCAAAUGCUGACACUCCUGUGAGCCCUCUCUCCCAAGAACCCUCAGUGGAAACUCAAGAAACACCCUCCCCCCAACGUUUUAUUGGAACGGCGCUGGAGUUCAUCACUGGCAAGGACUUCUCGCUAGACCCUGUGGAAAUGAAAGGAGGAUUCUUCUCACAAGACCCUGAACACAUCCCCGACUCACUUGUGGAUAGCCUGCCGAUUGAUGAUGAGACAUUCGACUUCAUUGUAGUUGGAGGUGGUGCCGCUGGCUGCGCCGCCGCGGACAUUCUCUCCCAAGGUGGAAAGAAAGUUCUUUUGCUGGAGCGCGGAAUGCAACGAACAAAGUUUACAGCUCCAAACGCCAUGAGCGCUAGGGGGGCAGGGAUUGGCCUCGCCGAUGGAACCAUCUCUCAACCUGUCGGCACGCUGCAGGGGGUUCGAACCUUUUCGGGUGCAGUUAUGGGGGGCGGCAGUGCUGUGAAUUUGGGUAUAGUGAUUGGUGAGACAGAGGAAUUUUUCAAGGAGAUGUCUCGCCAGUUCCCUGGAUAUAACAUUGACUAUGCAAGGCUGAAGAACGCUUACGAUUACGUUGCGUGGAAAGUCGCCAGAGCUAUGCCUGCGCUGCCCCCCUUCGGAAACGCUUACAGCGACGCGCUGUCAGCGACAGGAUACAAGUACUUGGGAGGUGGUUCUUAUCCUGAACCGAGUUUGUUUGUCCGACUGGGGUACCAGUGGGUAGGGUACUCACUCUUCGAUGCUGGAAACAACUUGCAACGAAAUGCCUCCGACGCGCUCCUGGAGCCGUCCCCCAACCUCCUCAUCAAAACCCGACACACCGUCAGGAAAGUCACUUUUGUUGACACACCACACGGCAAGACAGCCAACUGCGUCGUCUAUCGGCCUACCAAGUACCAAGACAUUCGACCGAUUGACUGGGCACCGUGGAUUGGUGCCUUCUUAGAGCCAACCACUGUGUUGAUUGCCGCCGGUGUCGAAAACCCCCAAACGAAUCUCCGUCGUGUUUGCCUUUCACAUCCGGGCAGGGGAAGGAUUAUUCUCAGCACGGGAGCCGUGCACACUCCCCUUGUGCUUUACAGAUCAGGCAUCGGCCCAGCAAUUCAGCUGAGCUUGUUGAAGGUGAAUCAAAUUCUGGAGAACCCUGCGGUAGGUUCGGCGUUUUCCGACAGAGUCUUUCUCACUAUCCCUGGCUUCUUGAAGCACUACACAGACGCCAUUCCCCUCAUUAACCCCAGCAGGUCCUUGCGUCGCUUGACUGCUGAAGAAGAUGCGGGGCCCCACAAGGUGACAAAGCUACGCUUGAUUUCCAAGCCUUCUUUCGAGCCGAUUGUGUCUCAAGAACAGCUGGAAAAAGCUAUUACUCCUGAAGUCCGGGAUGCGGUUAACAAGAUCUUGAACCAGGAGAUGCCAGUUGAAGUCAUAACAAUUGAUGAAGAUGAUCCUACCUUCAGAACAGGGUUCGAACCCCCUGUGCUCCUCCCUGAAAACCUGAUGUUCCCCGGGCUGCUGCACUAUCUUGCACCCGCUCUACAGCCACGUGUCUGCCAGUUCAUGGGCAUCAGGCACAUCGGUCCCCACUGCAAAGGACAGAAGAUUAAUGAGCGCAACCUUGGGUGCUCUCUUGUAACAAUGGAGGAGCUUUCUGGAGACCGGCUCGCCGAAGGGUUUAUCUACGCAUCCCGCUACAUGUUCCCAACUGCCUUCCGCAAGGAUCCCAUCCUAGACGCUAUAACUGAGAUUCUGCAGGGGUGCUCGAACUACCGUGCUCCCUUCGGCCUUGUGUUUUUGAAGCCUCUUUGCGUGAUCGCUCAGCCUGUUAUUAAGUGUCUCAGGAAGGCUGUUGCUCCCUUCUACUUUACGUCUGAACCCAAGUCACGAGGAAGCAUCCGUCUGAAACCGACGGGAGAAGUGGUCGUUGACCCGCAGUAUCUUGUGGACGAACAAGAUUUGUUUGAUGCAAUCCGAGGCACUGCUACACUGGUUGAUCAAAUAAAUGGAGACAGUUACAGAGGUAUCAUUCAAGAGAAGGGCCCCAAAUCCUGUCCUUUGGCAAUAUUGAAUGGCCUGCUGGAUAUUCUUCUUACUCUUGCCAGCACAACAUCUCCCUUCUUGACUCACUCCUCGAACUUUGCAGAGAUUCAGAGGUACCUGCAGGAUCUCAUUCCCCCAGAAUCCAGACGCCUACGGCGUCUGAUGGUGGUAAAUGAUGCUUACCGCAUGAAACCUGCCGUCUACGAGGACGAAGAAGGCAACGAAUACGAAGACUACAGCCCUUUCGUUGAACACAACGUAGACGAAGAAAAGAUGGAAAAGCUGGGCAUUAAGCGUCGCUUGGAGGCGGUUGGGUUUGAUUUUGAUUCGUAUCGUGCCCACGUGGCGGGCACUGACGAGUCUGCAAAGGACCCCUCUCUGCACCUGGGGGUAAUGGCACGGCGUUUGGAUGCAGAACUGAAGAAGGUAUUAGGCUCAGAGAAGGUGGAUGAACUGAAGAAGGCAGCAGAUUCUAUCAAGGCCGAGGAGCUGCUCAAGGCCUCCCCAAAUGAGCCAGAGCUCAAACAAGCCAUCGAAGACUGCAAGAAGCCGUGCACACAGGAAGCCAUCGACAACCACACCUGCGCAAAGCUUGAUGUUUGCUGCACCACCUACGGAAACAGCAAGUGCAUUCGCCUACCCGGCCAGCCAACUCUUGCAGAUCAGCAUAUUAAGGAUCCUUAUUCAAACGCAGAUGCUGCAGACAGCGGUGGUGCCGUGAAGAAGGAGGAGUUUCUUGCACCAUUCUUUGGCCUCAACCCUGUGGCCAGCGAAGCACCUGCGAGCCUUCAAUGGGCCGCUACAUACCCCCCAAGACUGCCCAGCUCACAAAACCCGAAGGCUUUGGCGAAGUUUGCAUUGUCUUACAUGACAAGCAUUGGCCAUACAUACGGCAGUGCACCGAUGGGCAAAGUGGUAGACGACAAGUUUCAAGUCAUGGGCGUACGCGGGAGAGACAAUGCUUAG